AGAGGUAGAAGGUCUUCUUCAGCUGACGUGAAGUAGGCGGUCUUCAUUCCUGGCUGUAGGUCUGUGCGUUCUUGCCUCUUACUAGCAGACUAGACACUCCGCCACUCACAAAUCACAAUGGAAACAAUCAACCUAGAUGACUCCGUGGAGCCACGGUACGGCUUUGUUUUUAAGGGAGUCAACCUCUUGGUUGCAUUUUUAUCUGUCGCCUGCGGAUUGACCGAGCUUUUCUCCAGAUUUGACUACUUCUUCCAGGGGAUUUUCGUCAUUGGAAUCGGGAUCCUCAUCGGUUACUUAGAAUUCCGUAUCCCGCCAAAGCUUUUCACCUAUGCUUCUUCGUUCUUCUCCUUCCUUGGGAGAGGCGCCAUCUACAUGUUGAUUGCAGUGCUGAACAUGCAUGGCUCUUUCAUCAGAUAUAUUAUUGCGUUGGUCCUUUUGUUAAUCGGCGUCUUUUACGUUGUAUUGGAGUUCCUGCCCUCCAUCCACCCUCCUGCAAACAUGCAGGGAGAACAGGGCUUGAGCAAUGACAUCCUUGACGACGUGAUUUAGAGCAGAAUCACCACGUUGUUUCUAUUAGUUGUUCUAUAAAUAUAUACUGUGCGUUUCAGAAAAUAAACGGAUA